CUCUCUUUGGCCUAGUAUCGAUCGAUUGUUUUUAUUUGUAAAUAAUUUAAAAAUUAAUUUUAAAUUGCAUUAAAAGUAAACAAGUGUAUUUUCCUAAUUUAAAUAAUAUACAAAACUUUACAAAUUGAAGUAAUAUCUAUAUAUGAAAAUGGCAACAGCGGUAUCUACUGUGCCUAAAAAGUCAGUGAAUUCUAAUAAUCCACCUAUAGGAGUUCGAAAGAAGUCUGGACCAAAAUUUGAAGUAUCGGAAGAACAACGUCGAGAUAUAAAAGAAGCCUUCGAUUUAUUUGACACAGAAAAUACAGGGAAAAUUGAUGCGAAGGAAUUAAAAGUGGCUAUUAGAGCACUAGGCUUUGAGCCUAAAAAGGAAGAAAUAAAAAAAAUGAUUGCAGAAAUUGAUAAAGGAGAUGGUAAAGUUUCUUUUGAAGACUUUCUUGAGUUAAUGACAGUGAAAAUGGCUGAGAAAGAUACCAAAGAGGAAAUCAUGAAAGCUUUUAAGCUUUUUGAUGAUGAUGAAACAGGUAAGAUAUCAUUCAAAAAUCUUAAAAGGGUUGCAAAGGAACUUGGAGAAAACUUAACAGAUGAAGAAUUACAUGAAAUGAUUGAUGAGGCAGACAGAGAUGGAGAUGGAGAGAUCAAUCAAGAAGAAUUCCUACGAAUUAUGAAGAAAACCAGUCUCUACUAGAUACUAAUUAUGAUUAUCUGCAGGCAGAAGUAUCUUAUGGUGGGAUAUUAAAGGGUGUUAAGUCUUGCACCAAGUGAUCAUGUAUAAAGCACUCUCAAUACAGAACCAAAUGUAAGAUACCUUUGCAGGCAUAAUUUAAACACAUACAACUACAUA